UUCUGUUAUUCAUGGAGCAAAAGGGUACAUGCUGCUGAGGUUGUCUUCCUCGGUAAUACGCUAAAAACUGGGGGAGAGGCAAAAAGGGAGAAAUCAACCGUCACCAAUAAGUUGCGUUGCAGUGAUUUCUGACUCUACUUCUUCAUCAACGAAAUUGGAAGGCCGUAGGUGGCUGCGCAGAACUACAGUGAAAGAUGAAGUUGGACGUUGACGUUCUUCGAUAUCUCUCGAAAGAUGACUUCAGGGUGCUCACGGCGGUUGAAAUGGGCAUGCGCAAUCACGAAGUUGUACCAUCAGAGUUAAUAGACCGAAUUGCAUGCCUCAAGCAUGGGGGUACUUAUAAAGUGUUGAAGAAUUUGCUUAAGCACAAGCUCUUGCACCACGACUCAUCCAAAUAUGACGGCUUUCGGCUCACUUACCUUGGCUAUGAUUUUCUUGCAAUAAAGACAAUGGUUAAUCGUGGAAUUUUUACUGGUGUUGGUCGUCAAAUUGGUGUUGGGAAGGAGUCUGACAUAUUUGAGGUUGUGAAGGAAGAUGGUACUGUUCUUGCAAUGAAGCUUCACAGGCUUGGUAGAGUUUCCUUUAGGGCAGUCAAAUCUAAACGUGAUUAUUUGAGGCAUCGCAGUAGCUAUAACUGGUUGUACUUGUCUAGGCUUGCUGCUCUUAAGGAAUUUGCCUUUAUGAAGGCCCUGGAAGAACACGGUUUUCCUGUUCCAAAUGCUGUGGAUUGCAAUCGGCACUGUGUUGUUAUGUCACUUGUCCGAGGUUAUCCACUUGUGCAGGUUAAGCAAUUGCAAAACCCAGGGACGGCUUUUGAAACAAUUCUUGGUCUUGUUGUUCGUAUGGCAGAACAUGGUCUCAUUCAUUGUGAUUUCAAUGAAUUCAACAUUAUGAUAGAUGAUGAUGAGAAGAUUACAAUGAUUGAUUUCCCACAAAUGGUUUCGGUAUCUCAUCGUAAUGCCAAGAUGUACUUUGACCGUGACGUUGAAUGUAUCUUUAAGUUCUUCAAAAAGAGGUUCAACCUGUCUUUUGAAGAAAAUGAAGAUGAAUCUGAUGAUUCAGAGAUAGAUUCGGAUGAAGUAUGCUGGCCUCGGUUUUCUGAGAUAAAGAAAGUUUCUGGUUUCCUGGACAAGGAACUUGCAGCUAGUGGUUUUACUGGAAAGGAUCAAGAAGACUUUGAACGGAAUAACAAUUUGUAUUUGCAGGAAGGUGAUAAUACACCUGAGCAUGAACAUGGACAAAUUGAGCACGGAGUUGUGGAAGAAGAUAGACUUGAGGAUAAUCCAGAAGAGGAAUCUUCACAAGCUGGGUGUGAACAUGAUUCUGAAGCCGAGCAAGUUGAGAACCCUGAACUUACUAAGCGUCUGAGUAAGCAGAGACAGCGAGCCAUUCAAGCAGCUCGUGGGAGAAAGAAGAGUUCUACGUCAAGAACUAUGUACUCAGACAAAGGCGGAAGGUCCUCCUACAAAUCAAAGAUCCAAAAGCAAAUGAGCAGUUGGUAAAAUACCUAGAGUAUAGCAUGGUGGAUUAUAGCGUUCCACCAUUUUUCUUUGUGGUGACAAAAUAUUGAAAUGGCUUUAACCGUGGAGACACCAAUUCCCUCAGUUGCUUCUUGUAAUAUAGAUUUUGACAGCAGAUAGAAGAAUACUCUUGCAUAAACCGUUUAUUGGUUUGCAAGUUGCGAUUAAUUUAAUAUACAUUUCCUGCUCGUUUUUAUA